AUGUCGUUUGUGCCUAUUGUUUUCGGGAAAAAGGACUGGGACAAGGAAUAUGAGCAAUCUGCUCAGUACAAUUCGUUGUAUUGCCCGAACUGUCACAACUACAGCGUACGCCCAGUGAAAAGACGCGAGUUCAUUGCUUUCUGGUUUAUCCCGCUCUUUCCAAUCUUCUUCGGUAAGCAACUGGUGUGCCCUGUCUGCAAUUGGCGACAAGAUUUCAAGAACGAGGAACAGCUCCAAAAAGUUGUUCGAGAACAAGCAAACAUACAGCAGGGCAAGGUGGGCUCAUAG